AUGUCGGUCAUGUCCAUGUCUGCUCUCGUGCAACCUUGGGGAGGGCGUGCGCAUGCACAUGAGAUGCAGCUCCCAAGGCAGCAGCUGGAGAGGGGCGUGUGUGAGAGUGUAGCAUACUCCGUACUGGCAGUCGUUUUAGAGGGCGCUGAACAUCACGACUACGGAAUCAGCCCUGCUGCUGCCACCUCUGCUGCUGCUGUCUCUGCUGCUGCUGCCACCUCUGCUGCUGCUGUCUCUGCUGCUGCUGCCACCUCUGCUGCUGCUGUCUCUGCUGCUGCUGCUGUCUCUGCUGCUGCUGCUGUCUCUGCUGCUGCUGUCUCUGCUGCUGCUGUCUCUGCUGCUGCUGCCUCUGCUGCUGCUGUCUCUGCUGCUGCUGCCUCUGCUGCUGCCGCGCCUGUCGCCGCCGGCACGCUCCUUAAUUCUGGAGAUCGCGACAUUGACGUUCGUGGUUUUGUGUGGGCUACGGGCAUUUCCAUCAGGGCACACUAUAAAGGGGUGUGUGGUCAUGGAAGUGCUGGUGUAGGCGCAGCAAAUUCAAGAUUCUUGACUGUUCAAAUAGGACUACUCUCUGUAAUUGUGUGUUGGAUGUCAAAUCUUCUGUGGUGUGGCCAGUGGUCACGCCUUGCGAUGGGCUGGGCUGGGUACAUGCUCCGUAUUUUCGUAUCCGUACGCUCACGGAAGUACCUGACUGAGGUAGAACCUUCCUAUCCCGACAACCCAAAUCUCACCUGA